CUUGUAUAUAUAUGCACCCACCAACACAGAGGUAUCCCUCCAAAUAAACCUCGUGUUUUUCCUGCCUUUUGCUCAUUAACUGCCCCUGUUAAUCACUUGCCCAAACCAGCGCGCUCCGAUCCUUAUCCCCUCGCUUGAUCGCCAUCACCAUCAGCUCAUCAUCGUCCUUAGCUCCUCGUCGGGGCUGGAUCGACGGUUAUAAUAGAGCGACCCGCAUGGGGUGGAAUUGAGGCACGUGCAUGCAUUGCAGCCCGCCCAGCAUGCAGCUCCGCCUCUCUCCGCCGGCGGGGGCGCCCUUCCAACCCCGGCUGCUGCCGCGUGCUCUCGCCAAAGGUCCAUGCCGUUUGCGCGGCAAAGGAGAUGCCGGCGGCACGCGCGUCGCUCGACGGACCAGCAGCGUAUCCAGUACUCCUACCAAAGUACCUGCACGGCUGCAAGCGAACCCUACCGGGAACGACGUCCAGAUUCUAGAACGGCCCGAAGAGGAAGCACGCGACAUCGACGAGUACCGUGUGAUUCCUGGGACAGAGCUCGAGCAGCCGCUGAUCGACCAGGUGAAGGCCAUGCUCGGGUCGAUGGGCGACGGCGAGAUCAGCGUGUCGGCCUACGACACGGCCUGGGUGGCCCUGGUGCCGAGGCUCGACGGCGGCGACGGGGCCCAGUUCCCCGCCGCCCUCCGGUGGAUCCUCGGGAACCAGCUGCCCGACGGGUCCUGGGGCGACGCGGCCCUCUUCUCCGCCUACGACCGGAUCACCAACACCCUCGCCUGCGUCGUGGCUCUCACCAAGUGGUCGCUUGGCCCCGAAAACUGCAGGAGAGGGCUGAGUUUUCUGGAGGACAACAUGUGGAGGCUGGCCGAGGAGGACUCGGUGUCGAUGCCCAUCGGCUUCGAGAUCGCCUUCCCUUCUCUCCUGGAGGCGGCCAAGAGCCUGGACGUUGUCUUCCCCUAUGACCACCAUGCUCUGCAGCGCAUAUAUGCCAACAGAGAAGUGAAGCUCAAAAGGAUUCCGAUGGAGAUGAUGCACAGCAUUCCGACGACGAUCCUGCACUCCCUUGAAGGGAUGCCCGGGGUGGACUGGCGCAAGAUCCUCAGGCUCCAGUCCAGCGACGGGUCCUUCCUGUUUUCUCCGGCGGCUACAGCCUCUGCCCUCACGCAGACCGGUGACACAAAAUGCUUCGAGUAUAUAGAUAGGAUCGUGAAGAAGUUCGACGGAGGGGUUCCCAAUGUUUACCCGGUCGAUCUCUUCGAGCACAUCUGGGCCGUCGAUCGGUUGGAGCGUCUUGGGAUCUCGCGCUACUUCAAGCAAGAAAUCAAACAGUGCUUGGACCAUGUCCACAGGCACUGGACUGAGGGCGGGAUAUGCUGGGCGAGGAACUCCGCUGUAGUAGACGUGGACGACACAGCCAUGGCGUUCCGGCUGCUGCGGCUGCACCGAUACAACGUCUCCCCAAGUGUGUUCGAGAACUUUGAGAAGGAUGGGGGGUUCUUCUGUUUCGUGGGGCAAUCAACACAGGCGGUCACUGGGAUGUACAACCUGAACAGGGCCUCUCAGGUUAGAUUUCCCGGAGAGGACGUGCUGCAACGUGCUGGGAGAUUCUCCUAUGAGUUCCUUAGAGAAAGGGAGGCCCAGGGCACGAUCCGAGACAAAUGGAUCAUUUCAAAGGAUCUACCAGGCGAGGUACAAUAUGCACUGGACUUUCCUUGGUAUGCAAGCUUGCCGCGUGUAGAAGCAAGAGUCUACCUAGAUCAAUAUGGCGGUGACGAUGAUGUCUGGAUUGGGAAGACGCUCUACAGGAUGCCACUUGUGAACAACAACACCUAUCUCGAGCUGGCAAAGCGUGAUUUCAAUCGCUGCCAAGUCCAACAUCAGCUUGAGUGGCAUGGCCUACAAAAGUGGUUUACAGAGAAUGGCCUCGAGGCUUUUGGGGUGGCUCCAAGAGAUGUAUUGAGAGCUUAUUUUCUAGCCGCCGCUUGCAUUUUUGAACCAAGUCGUGCCACAGAGCGACUUGCAUGGGCCAGAGCAUCAGUGAUGGCCAACAUUAUUUCUAAAUAUCUUCGUAGCGAGUUGUCGGGCAAUAAAAUGGUGGAACGGUUUAUGCAUGGUGGCCUCUAUGAAGGAAAUAAUGAUGUAUCAUGGCUUAAAGGAGAUGCAAAAGUGGAAAUUCUUGUGGGCGCACUUGAGAAGCUUAUUGAUUUAUUGGCACAAAAGGCGCUACAUGUUGGUGAAGAACCCAUGCACAUCAACAAUUUGUUACGUUGCGUUUGGAUCGAAUGGAUGAUGCAAGAGAUAAAUAGAGAUGAUGGCACAAACGGUAUGAGCGUUAUUGAAGCAGGGUCAUGCAUGGUUCAUGACAAACAAACAUCUUUGCUUCUAGUUAAAAUUAUCGAGAUUUGUGCUGGACGAAUUGGUGAAGCAUCAUCUAUGGUAAAUAGCAAGGACAAUACUUGGUUUAUUCAACUUGCAUCCUCUAUCUGUGACAGCCUUCACCACAGAAUGUUACUUUCACAGGACACCGAGGAGAACAAGGCAGUAACAAGUCGCAUGGACAAGAAAAUUGAGGUGGACAUGCAAGAACUUGCCCAAAAUGUUCUUCAGACAUAUGAUGAUAUAGCAAGUAACAAUAUGAAGCAGACCUUCUGGAGUGUUGUGAAAAGUUGUUACUAUGUUGCUAAUUGCCCUUCCUACAUAUUUCAUAGACAUGUUUCGAAAGUUAUUUUUGAACAUGUCUUUUGAAAAAAAAAAUCUUACAAUGGUGGGAAUGGAAGUGAAAUUUGUACAUACAAAGAAAUGUUGUAAGAAUGCUAGUGGAAUGGCGCGUAAGUGAUAGUUCUCCUAUUGGAAGUUGUUGUUAGGUUGAUAUUUUUUUCUAGAACCCGCAAAAGCUUUGCGCGUCUUUUAUAUUAAGAGUGAAGAAGAGUUUUACAUUUGUA